UGGACGGAAUAAGCCGCGGCGGUUUUUCACGCUGCUGUUGUUGUUGCUGUUCAAUAUAAAUAAAUUUUCAUCAGAAUGAAAAUGGAAUCGUCGCGCAAAUGUAAAUAAAUGCAUCCAUUUUGUAGGCUACUUUAAAAGUUUUGGGCCAGCCUGCUGCUGCUCCCCACUCGUAUGUGCGAUGGAUAGGAGGGAGCCGUGUGUGGACACCACCGCUGGGAAUUGAGUGCCAAAUUGAAAUGCUUAUCAAUAUUUGGUUUAAUAAUUUAAGCAGUCGCGCCCUGGCCAUCGCUUUGGUGCUCUGCGUGGUCGUCGUUUACUUCUCCUACAGCUUCAAUGCCUGCCUCUUUGCCAGCAUUAGUCGAACGCUGCAGAAGAGCAACUUACGCAAUUUCUUGGCCCCGUUAACAGUAACGCGCACCGACAACGCCACCACCACCAACAACAACAACAACAACAGGAACAACAACGCCAGCAACAACAGCCGUGGGAGCGGCAACAACACCAGCACCACCAGCAGCAGCAACAACAACACCCACAACACCAACUUCUCGAGCAACUAUAACAUAAACAAUAUCAGUGUGGAUAGCCCCUUAACUGGCCAUGAUGGUGCCCCAAAAUAUCAGCUGCUGCGACAGCAAGGACUGCGUCCAUCGCGCCAUUUGCCGGACACACUCAUCAUUGGUGUUAAGAAGAGCGGCACACGGGCUCUGCUCGAGUUCAUACGCCUCCAUCCGGAUGUGCGCUCAGCCGGCUCCGAGGUGCACUUUUUCGACCGACACUAUCAGCGCGGCCUGCGCUGGUAUCGCCAUCACAUGCCCUACACCAUCGAGGGGCAGAUCACCAUGGAGAAGACGCCCAGCUACUUUGUGACCAAGGAGGUGCCGCAACGCGUCUAUCACAUGAACACGGCCACCAAGCUGCUGAUUGUGGUUCGCGAUCCUGUGACGCGUGCCAUAUCGGAUUAUACGCAGGCGGCGAGCAAGAAGACCGACAUGAAACGCUUUGAGGAGCUGGCAUUUGUGAAUGGCUCCUAUUCGGUGGUGGACACCAAUUGGGGGCCCAUCAAGAUUGGGGUUUAUGCACGCUAUCUGGAACGCUGGCUCCUCUACUUUCCGCUUUCGCAGCUGCUCUUCAUUAGCGGCGAGCGUCUGAUUAUUGAUCCAGCGUAUGAGAUUGGCAGAGUGCAGGAUUUUCUGGGCCUGAAGCGUGUCGUCACAGAGAAGCACUUCUAUUUUAAUGCAACCAAGGGCUUUCCUUGUCUCUUCAAAUCGGAGGCACGGUCCACGCCCCAUUGCCUCGGAAAGACUAAGGGACGGAAUCAUCCCCAUAUCGAUACAAAUGCCAUUGAACGACUGAGGGAGUUCUACAGGCCGUUCAAUAACAAGUUCUAUCAAUUGACGGGCAUCAAUUUUGCCUGGCCCUAGGGGAGAGGGGGUAUAGAAGGGUACUGAGACUGGAUGGUAUAGCCCGUCAUCUCCCUACACUGGUCGCUGUUAUUGCGGGAUUGCAACUUUUGACUGAUAUUGUUGACUCGCUGCGUUUUUGAUAUAUACAUACAUACAUAUACAUAUAUUAUACAUAUGUACAUGCAUAGAUUAUAUACAAACAA